AGGAGGAGUUGAGGCUGAUGGAAAGGAGCAAAUCACGGUGCCUUUGGAUUUUUUUUCAGUGCUGAAGCCCAAAGCUGGUUGGAGGAGCCUCCUAGAGAUGCCUGUGAGCUGGGAAGCAGGAUCAGCCCUCUCUUGCUUCUCAUCAGAUGCUGCUGCUGUUUGUCUUGGACGCUGACUCCCCCCCUCACCAAUGCGGCACGGUGGGCUGGCAUCUACCUCCAUCAUACACCUGCUGCACAGAAAGGGGUAACCCCACAAUCACUUUGACACCCUAAAUCCUGCAGAUGCUGCUGCACCCCCUAUCCAUCAAUCACUGGCACCUCUAAUCCUGCAGGAACUGCUCUGCCUCCAGCCUUGUGUCAUUGACACCCCAAACCCUGCACUGGCUGCAGCACCCCUAAGCCACCAAUCACUGGCACCCCAAAUUCUGCAACAACUGCACCCCCUUUUUUUCUUCUAUCGUUGACAACCCCAAAUUCUGCAGAGGCUACAUCUGGGACUAUCUGCAUUGAGAGGUGGCACAGCUGGUGGCAUCAGGCUAAGCCCUUUUCAUGGACCUUUUGUGGCACAAAAACCGGGGCUUUUCAGUUAAAUAACCCACCCUUGUCUUUACAGCGGAGGACAAUCUUUAUCACUGCACCUCGGGGGUAGGUGGAUUUCUAUUUUCCAUCUUUUUAUUUGAAGCUCAUUUCCCAUCUCACCCCUGGAUUAUACCCAGGUUGCUUCUGCCAACCUUCAAGGCUGGUUCCCACUCAUGCCAAUUUGUAUGGAAAGACAAGGGAACAUCCAUCCAUUGCAAUUGCUGUAGGACUCGCCAAUGCCUCCUAAACCCUGAUCCAGCUCCCCUCUGCCUGCACCCCAGAUAUUUACAUUGGGGGGUUGAUCUGCUGCUGAUUAAAAGCCUGACUCCAGCAACAUAAAGAAAGCCACUCUCCGUCUGAUUAAAUCAGCAGUACCUGCCUGUGCCUCAGCCACUGCCUCUGAACACUAGGAAGGCUGGAAGCCAGACAUCUGGGGAGGGCAGGGAGUCCUGCAAUGCAGGGAACAAAGAGCCGCCAGUCUCGUUCCCCAGCUUCCAAUUAAUUAGCCACCAGCAGAUACCUGUCUGUUAUUGUGAUUGCCCGACGCUAAGGCUGCACCCUCUUGCCCUCUGCUCUGUUCAGCUUCUGAGCUUCUUGGCUGGGCAACAUGGGGACUGUGCUCUCCUUAUCCCCAGGCUCCAGGAAAGCCAGCUUGUAUGAUGAUGGCUCCGGCUCUCAUGCCCAUUACACCGGUGUUAGCAAGGGGAGUGGGCAGAAGUCAGAUAAGACCCUAAAGAGACACUCUAUGUUCAUCCCUGCUCUUACGUGGAAAAGGCUGGUGGCUUCCACCAAAAAGAAGACCUCUAGAAAGAGCACGGCCAAUAACAACUACCAGAAGGACGUUGCCCACUUGAACCAUGAGAAUGUGAAGAAGUCUUUAUCUUGUGCCAAUCUCUCCAGCUAUGACAGCCAACCUCUGGCACCACUCAGCUCCAAGCAGAUAUCCUCCAUCAAAAAUGUCUCCAACACCAGUGGUGGUGGCUCUCCAAAACGGGUCAUUGUCCAAGCCUCCACCAGUGAAUUGCUGAAAUGCCUUGGGGAGUUCCUAUGCAGGAGAUGCUACCGGCUGAAACAUUUGUCCCCCACUGACCCAAUUCUCUGGCUGCGUAGCGUCGACCGUUCCUUGCUCCUCCAGGGAUGGCAAGACCAGGCCUUUGUCACGCCGGCCAACGUGGUCUUUGUCUAUUUACUCUGCAGGGAUGUCAUUGACGGGGACUCUGUGGCCACUGAACAUGACUUGCAAGCCACCCUCCUGACCUGCCUCUACUUGUCCUACUCUUACAUGGGCAACGAGAUAUCCUACCCCCUAAAGCCCUUUCUGGUGGAAGCGGGCAAAGAUGCCUUCUGGGACAGAUGUCUUUGCAUUAUUGAUGCCAUGAGUUCCAAGAUGCUCAGAAUCAACGCCGACCCACACUACUUCACACAGGUCUUUGCUGACCUCAAAAAUGAAGGCAAUCGAGAUGAGUUCUCCAGAGUCCUUGACCGGUGACUAUUCCCAGGGCUAGUAGGUUCAUAUCUAUGACAGCACUUGAAGGCCGGCUUGGCUACCCAUAGGCUGACUUUAAUCGAGUAGCCAAAAACAAGAAAGGGACCACGUUUUAACCUUGAUGUGCAUUGUCCUCAUUGGGAAGUGUUUGGCCCCCAAGGCUCCUUGGCCACUGUCAGAAUUGCAUUCUGGGUCGAUUUAGGCCAACAAGUGCCUGACUCUUUUCCCGUAACCCCUUUCCCCUAGAACCUUUUUUUCUCUUUUUUCCCCGUCACUGUAUGGUUGUGGCUGCUGAGACACAUUCCAAAGCAAUCCUACAAACCAAGCCCCAGGAUUUUGGUUAACAUGUAUAUUCUGCAAUAAGAACGACUAGGUGUCUCUUGUUUCUUUUUGGAUAAAUUGAGUUGUACCAACAAAGAGACCCCUCUGGGAAGAGCAGGGAAAGGGGGGUGCACAGUUUCACAAAAACUGCUGGAGGGUCUGGUCACAUGUUCUGCCCUCCUGCAACAUUUAAGGGCCAGUGAAUUCUAGAACAUAGAGAGGAUGAGGCAGUGGUUGCAGCUCCAUAAACAUGAAGGAGACAUAUGGAAUAACCUUGGUAAAAGGGGGGUCUGAUCACAUGACUUGAUUCUAUUACCUCUUUUUUAUUGAUAAUUUGGGGUUUCCCAGUAUGAUUCCAUAGGGGUGUGUCUAGGGCUUCUGCAUGCAUUGCUCUCACUAAUAGAUACUGGGAAUUUUCCUGCCCACGCCUAUUUGUUUUCUGCUGGGAGUUGGAAUUCUAUAUCGGGACGGCUACAGCAGAACAUUUCAUCAUAGGACUACAACUCCCAGAAUCCCAAUCUGCUGGCUCUCCUGCUGGGCACAGUAAUUCUGUAAUCCACAGGCUGUGUGUAUACCCUUUAAACAUUAUGUUUGCCCACUGGCUAGGCUUGGCACCAUAUCCCAUUAAAACCAGACACAUAUUAAACCAAUAUAUGCUAAUUAGCAGGUACAUGCCUGCUGCAGCCUUCUGUGGUUUCUGUGCAGUCAUGCAGAACUGAACUGCUAAACUGGAUCUGGUUUAAAAUAGGUGUUAGGAUGACGGGAAAUGGUGCCAAAGAACAUCUUAUAUCACAAUUUUUGGCAGUGAUUACUUUACUUGAAUGCCGGCUGAUUAUUUGCAUUUCAAUGGGGUCCUACAAUGCACUGGGAAUCAAAGGUUCCAAAAAAAAAAACUGUCAGUCCUAAGGCAGGAGGGGGCUGACAGUUGUUGGCACUCAACUAAAAACUGCUUCUGAUAGCAUGCCCUUCCAAGUUGCAUAGGAGAGGAUGCUGGGAGUUGUAGUUUUGCAAGGUUUCAUGGCUUCUGAUAGUAUGCCCUUCCAAGUUGCAUGGGAGAGUAUGCGGGGAGUUGUAGUUUUACACGUAUCAUGACAAGGGAAUUUAUUCAGGGCAAUCUCUAUUGUUGCCGGUUGUAGGUAUAACCAAAUUAUAUUGCACAGGGCUGUGCUGAAAUCCAAGCAGCCACGUAUUUCUCAUUCCAUAGAUAUGUUUUGUGCAGGAAAAUAGGUAAAGGAAAGCCAAUCACUGCCCUUGUCUUACAUAUUUGAGUGCAGCCUAGAGGUGGGGGAUCUGGUAGGAUUAUAAAUUAGAAACCUGCACAGUUUCUUAAUUAAAACAUUUAUUUGUGUAGAAUUAAUGUAUAAUCAUUUAUUAUGCACAAAUAAAUGUUUUCAGUAAGAAACUGUGCUGGUUUCUAAUUUAUAUGUAACUCGUGGCAGUGGACCCAUGUACAGUUCUUGCUGUUAAGAAAGUAUAUACCCCAAAACUUAUUUGAUCUGGUAGGCUUGCAUGUUAACACCUAAAUAGCCAAACUAAAACUCCCAGCGGGCUCAGCCAGAAUGGCAACAUCAGUUAAAAAUGACCAGUUUAGUAGACAGCUGUAUUACAGUUGGUCUUUGGUUUUUUUUGUCUCUUGUGUUUUUGGUUAUCUGGUUGCUAGGGACACGCUUGCUCUAGCAGCGAUAUAACCUCACCUUUAAUGGUGUGGGACAAUGUGGUCAAUUCUAUGGGUUCCUGUGCCAUGCUCCCCCCUACAGGAGACACAAUGCAGGUGUCUGGUGCCGUGUGGCUGUUUAGUAGUCCCCGGAUUAGCUGACCUACAUCAAUCCAAGGUAAAUUUGCACCAGGGCAGCCAAUCUGGCGUUUGCUUUCAUUAUUCUAAGUGCAACAGACUAAUCAGAGCUAAUUGCUGAUUGGUUGCCCUGGGUCAGAUUUGCUGUAAGCUUUGAGAAGUAGGGGCGGCAGAAAACCACAACUAUCAAACUUAAUAUAAAAGUGUUUUGUGACCUCAGAAGGUGGUGUGCAUGCUGGGAGUUGUAGUUACAACUGCUGCAAGGCUGCCCCCUGUUUAUCUCCCUACUUCCACCUCCAGUGCAUUUCUGGCAUUGAUUUUUUUGGGGGUACGGCAUGGGAUUAAGACAAACUCCCAGUACUUAACUACUAGUAUCCCAUGCACUGCAGUGUAUAUAGGGCAAUAUUCAACCCCCCCCCCCCACCACGAGUCAUUCACUUCCUUGUGUGACCCAGAUCAUUGGCACCAGCACAUCUUGCAAACAGUACAGUACAGUAUGAGGGUAUAGCUUAUUGUGUGCCCAGAACAUUCCUUCUCUGUAUAUUUGUAUUUAUACA